AUGGUUAGCUGGAAAUACUCAAAAGAACGUUUACAAAGAAAUCCUUUUGUUGCUAAAGUUGUACGUGUGAAAAAAGUAAUUUGUAUAUGUGGAGAUACAAUAAAAUUUAAUAGGAAAUAUGAUAAAGAUUAUAUUAAUUGGUAUACAAAUGGUCUAGAAUGUAAACGGAAAAAACAAAAAAAAAGUGAAGUAGAAGAUGUAAUGGAUGAUGAUAUUAUUACAAUAGAUGAAAAUAAGGAUGAAAUUAAUAGAGAAGAAAAUGCUAACAUAGAGAUUAUUAAUCUAGUAACUAAUCAAACUAGUAGAAAAAGGAAGCUAUGCAUAGGAUUAUAUUUAGAUUUGAUUAAACAAUAUAUUGAUAGAACACUAGCAUGUUAUAAUAGAGCUCACCAUGUUGAACAUGUUGAUAAAGAUUGUAUUAGUGUACGUGCUAAAGAAUAUACAGGAUAUUCUAAAUCAGGAAAAAUAAUUUGUGAUGAAUGUUUAAUCUUAAAACAUAAUUUUAUAUUAGCAAAUCAUCUUGCUAUUCCAAAACAAGCACCAGAAAAUCUUAAAUUUACACCAAAAUUUUAUUUUGAGAAUAAUUCCUUAAAAAAGCAUUUGCAAAAUCAAGACCUUUUAAUGAUUCAAGCUGCAAUUCGUAAAGAUAAUAAUAAAGACAAACAAAAUAUUCGAUAUAAUGAAGAUUUUACAAACUUUCUUGUAAUAUUAGGAAGUUUUAGUACUUGGGCUCUUGAUCUUUUUCAUCAAAAUUUGGAAGGAUGUACAAUACAAAAUAUUCAUAAACUUCGAACUAAUGAUGAAGAUGCCCUUACAAAUCUUAACUUAUCAUUUGAAAAUAUUGACAAAUUUAAAAGGCCAAUUGAUACAUUAAAUUACCAGGACCUAUUGUUGCUAUAUCUGAUAAUACCAAUAGUUAUUGCAUUAAUUGCCAAUAACGGAUCUGAUAAUGUAUCAACUAUAACUGGCUUUUAUCAAGAAUUAUUAACUCAAAUAGCACCACAACUUAAUCUUUCAAUAUUAUCAAUUGGAUCUGAUAGUGCUAUCGUUGAAUUUAAAGCUCAAGUUGCAAUUAAAAUAUAUUCAACAGAUGAACAAUUAACUUUCAAAAAUGAUAAACUCAGAGUUGAUUUUAGCUGCCCAAUUUUUCUAAAUGUAGGAUCUGUUAUUCAUAUACAAGAUCCUAAGCAUGCUAAAAAAACUAGCCAUAAUAUAAUUAUGUCUGCAAAAUUAUGUACUUGGCCAUCAGAUAUUAAUAUUGCAACAACUAUUAAAUAUUCUUACAAAUUGGCAUCUGAACUUGCCAAAGUACUUGAUAUGAACUCGACUUCAAAUACAAAUAAUUCAUUAUUACUUCUAUUUGUAAUGAUAAAGACACCAAAUUUGGAAAUAUUAACUGGAAUUAAAUCAAAUUCAGAAUUUGAAAAUAACUCGAAUGAAUUUUUUAAAAUUGAUAAAGAAAUCUCUAAUGCAAUUAGUCAAGCUUUCAAAUAUACCACCAAAGCUAUUAAUGAUAUUUUUGAUUUAUUGAAUAUUAAAGAUACUGAUGAUCAAAUUUACCAAACACAAAUUAUUUCAAUUUUAAAUAAUUUAACAAGAAUCUUUAAUAAUAAGCAAGUUGAACAUA